CCUGUCCUGUUUACCCUUACUCUUCCAUAUUGCCUGCUCUGACUUGCGGUCGCAGCCAGCAUCUGUCCGCGAAACAUAGGGUGCACAUUCCGCAGUGCGUUAUACGAGGAAGAAUCACUCAAUCGUAAAGGCGCCUUGCGUGACAGCGUUGGAGCUCUGGUGCCCGAGGUUUACCAUGUCGCUCUGGUCUUCUUACAAAUCACUUUCCCCGAAGACACGUGCAGCCCUCGGAGUCGCCCUCAUGCUGAACGCAACGGCCAUGUUGAUGUUCUCCGACCAAAUCGAAGACGCACUGGGUUUGUCCGUGAAACCCGACGAGCAACACAAACUCUUCAAGGUCUACGGCGUUGAGAGGGAGACCAAGAGCUGAGGGUAUGCA